ACUUUAGGUUACGUGUCACCGCGCUCUCUUCGCAAUUUCUCAACGUUACCCUCCACACCAAACAAAGGUUAUUCGCGUAUAUUCACGACUUCACGCAUCUUGGGAGCUUUUAUCUGAAAACAUUAUCUGUUGUCCCGCCCCCAUUCAACAGCUGGUUUGAACGAUGGAGGAUAGGGGGAGUGCCAACCCACUAUCAUCAAACAUCCCUGUUUGUCGCUUGUAAAGUCAGCUCAACAGCAACAUGGUUUACGUCAUGGUGACUAUCAACGAUAUCAUCAGUAUAUUUCUCGAAAGCUCAGGCGGAUGAGGAAAUCGCUACAUUUCCAACAGGGUACUCGAUCAAAAGUUACUCCGAAGAAGUUAACUCCGGAUAUUGUAACAGAUCCUCGUUUCGUUAUUUUGGCAGUUUUUGAAAUCGAACGAUCAUGGGCUUAUGCCAUGCAAUUAAAAGCUGAAUCAAGCUCAGAAAUCCGUAAACGCUUUCAAAUGUGUUCUCGGCUCCGUAAAGCAGUUGCACGUGCCGAACUUUUAUGCAGUAUGGAAGACGAUUUGUCACUGUUAGAUGCACAAACCAAGCUGGAAUUACGCGGAUACAGACAGUGGAUUGGUGGAAUUUUAUUUUUUGAGUUACAGAAUUGGGCCGUAGCAAAAGAGCAUCUUGAAUCAGCUCAGGCUAUUUAUGAUGUGCUACUUCAAAUGGUAGAUGACGACAAUGGAGCUGUUUAUAAAUCUCGCAUUGACGAUCUUUUACCUCAAAUUCGAUAUUGUGCUCAUUCGGUUGGGGAUGAAACGGCAGCUGAUGACUUACAGCGUAUGCGUAAUCAAGCACCUGAUGGCCUUACACCUUUGUCAGAACUUCAGUUAGAUCAACUCCUUAGUCAAGCUCGAGCUAGACAGGCUAGUCAAGUCAGUGAAGUUGAUUGGUUGGGAACUGUGAUUCCAGUAAAAUCAGAGAAGGCGAAAAUCGCUAUUUUAACUGUGAAGGAAUCUGAGUUGGAGCUAGAAAAGGCAGAAACUCUUUCAGCAAAAUUGGCUAUUUAUGAAUCUGUUCUAAAGUCAUGUGUCGAUGCAGUUACAUCUGUUAGGGAUGAGUUACGUAUUGCAGUUUCAUCCGAGCCAUCAGUCACUGGAGAUAAACACAAAGCAGCUGUAGUGGCUUCUUCUAAAUCUGGCCAGACUUUGGGUUCUGAAAAGGUCUCGCGACUCCAGCUUCUGUAUACUUAUUUACAAUACUUGAAAUUAGACAAAACAAUUGAUCGCACUCUUUUGCAUAUUGAGACUACAAUUGCUGGACUAGCUGAGGGAAGUCAGCGAAGAGAUCAUUUCGCUACAAGCGCCUAUUCUAAACCACAAGAACUAUCACGUUUGUAUGAUACUCUAGUGCAAAAAUUUCCAGGAGAUUAUAUCUCUACCGAGUUUAAUUCAAGAGCACAAUGGUCUAAAGGAUCUAUUGUGUGCGAAAAUGCUAUCUAAUCGCAGUUUUCGGUAAGUUAAGUAUGUUUUUUCAGGAUUUAAUUUAUCGAUCCAGUGCAAAAAUUGACUCCAGUGAUUUUCAAAUGCCUGUUAUAUCCAUCUAUCAUGUUCAUUGAGUUCGCCUUACUUACUGCCUAGGAGCUGACACAACAGUUUAACGAAGAGAAAUGGACAAAUGACCGUGAGAUUCUGGGUGUCUUCAGAAUUAGCAGUGGAUGGUGAUUGAUAUGAUGCACCAGUUUCAACACUAUUUCUUGAAGUAGUCACUUGCUACGAGGGAAAAACGAGACACACUCAGCCACCUGGUGCACACACCUAUUGUGCGAUACUACUACGUGGGUGCCCAAACCUCGGUAAGUGGAGCGGAGUUCGAACUUGUGACUCGUGCUAGGUAUUAUUUCAGUUUAUUGGGUCAACUCUAACCAGCAUUCAAGUGAAGAAACUUUGCUUCUGAUAGCUAAAUAACAUUUUUUGUUCAGUCGUGUCUAGUAAGUUCUUUCUAUCGGCUGCACAUUACUUCAAGAAAUAAGCGGUGUGCGUAAACAAUCGUUAUGGUAAAUUGUUCAGCAAAACAGGACAGUCAGGAAAAGAAGUGGAGCAAAUUGGAUCAGUCUCGGUUGUAUCAUCUUCGAAUAUUACAGGAGUGAUAAAAAAUAAUUUUACAAUCCAAUCAGUUUUAACACAGGAUUGAGUUGAACCGUUUACUACGUAUUUCAGUACUAAGUAUAGAUAUAGCAGUGGAUCAGAACAAAUUUAACUACAUUUUGCUAUCCGUAAAGUUUGAAUGUUGAUGCGAUUAUCCUUACUUUUGUACUCAAAAACUGAUUGACCGGCAAAAUCAUCGUAGAUGCUCGCACACAGAUGCAUGAGCUUAAGUUGCCACGCUUCACAGUAGCAAUAGUAAUAAUAAUUGUAUAUUUGCUUUAUUCCAAACCACUAAGAACAGGUGGAUAGAAAAGAGUGAUGUCAAUGUAGAAAAAGUUGUGUCAGAAAAUAAGCAGUUUGAAGAUUGAGGUAAAGGCAAAAAUUGAAGCUUUGGAAGACGUCAUAGAGUGAAUACAUCUGCACCAUUGUGACCGAUUUUCAGCCAUCACCGGAAGUUCUCAACCACUGAUUCUUUUCGUCUCAUGGUCCCCAACCAGACAGUCCGCACCUCCUAACACAGUUCACACCAACAGUCAGAACCUCUAUCCCCUGGUUUCACGUCUUUGUCUGGCCACUCUUAACCCACUUCCUACCUAAUCCAACUCCCCUUAGUAUGGCGCGUCGAGGUUGGCGGUGGCUCAGCAUGCGCAGCACAUGCUCAAGCCAUCUCAGUCUGAUGUUCAUAACGUCAUCAAUUGACUUACCUGUCUUGCCCAGUACCCUUCGCCUGACCUCAACAUUGCUCACACAGUGGUUCCACCAAUACCAAGCAAUGCUACGAAGACAUCUGUGAUCGAAACGCUGUGAUUGCUUCAUAUCUUCAACUUUCAACGGCCUUGUCUCAGUCGUACAACAGGACGGAACGGACUGCCGUGCAGUAUAAGUCGCCCUUUAAUAGACUGUCGGAUAUCUCACCAUUUGGCUCCACAGAUGACGCAAGUUGGCAAAUGCAUAUGGGCUUCUUUUUAUCCGAGCUGAGAUUUCGUCAGCAACCAUUUCGUUUGGGUUCAUGCAACUCCCCAAGUUUCCAAAGAAAACUCUUGCCUAUAGCAUAAUAAUCGACAGGUAUAGAUUAUAUCAACGUUGAAUCCAACAUAUCCAUGAAUUGACAAUAUUUUCACUGUUUCUAUUAUUAAAAGUUUAGUAAUCGCAUUUCGUCAAAUUGAAGGUAAUAAUGUUGAUUUUUUCAAGUGAAUGCUUUCACAUACUCGUAUGAUUUAGAUUCCUAAGUUGGAUAUGAUUUGGUACUGAACACUCAAACAGUAACACAAAAGGCUUUCGUUUUAUUUCCAACCCAUUCACAAGCAAGAAGAAACUGAAUACGUUUAUUUUCGCUCUAAACUGAUGAUAAUGGUGAAGGCAAAAGCUUCAUGUGUAAUGCAUGAAUUAGGAGUAACAAAUAACAGGAUGGGUACAAAUGUUUACCAGAUGUAUCAUCCUUUUUUCAGAUUGCUUAUCAGCAUUUCGGUAAUUGUGACAGCCUCUGAGUCAUCACACCCACUUUAAAGAUGGUUUUAUGUAACAUUAUGAAUGGACGUAAUGUUUCACUCUUGCUUACUUUUUUCCAAUAGGUGUUACUAUCUCGCACUUGCUUAUAACUGUAGUAAGAAGUACUCUGAAUGCUCUGCUCUUCUGAUGAGAGCGAAACAACAUGCUGAAAAAGCAAUUAAUUCGCUUGACUCUGUCACUUCAACGUGGACUGAAGCUGAGGAGGCUGUCGCACCUGGUCCUCAUCCUGAUGUCCUAGCAAAUUCUUUACGUUCCCUUAUAGUACAAGCUGAGUCAGAAGAUUUAACUUGUAGAGCAGCCUCAAUGCUCGAUACUGAAGAAGGAAAAGAGUCAACCUGUAUUAAUCCACUCACUGUAACCACAGCAGCGGAUGUUUCUCAAAAGAUAAAUCGAACUAUUCCUCAGUGGACUUGAAAAGGUUAAGAGCAGUUAUUCGAAGUUCGGAUUGGUGGAUCUCGAAGACAAUACUGAUUUGCAUACAUUAAUUUUAUUUCAAGGCUGAAAUGGAUAUUGAUGGCAGCAAAGCGAUCUACAAGCAACUGAACUCAACAUCACUUAUCUUUUGUCCGCUGCUGAAAUCAGGUUCCAAGAUUGUGAAUUCACAAAGAAACACCAUCCAGCAUUACUUUUUCAAAUGCAUUAAAACGUCAAAGAAUUACUACUAUGUAAUACUACCUAUCCUACAUUCUUUUCAACCGCCACUGCGAAUAAAUAUGAUCCAUAUUUCUAUACAAAUAUCCG